AUGCACAAUUCAACGAGAGAGAGUCGGCGACGAGAGGGUGCGACUAUAUGGAGGGAUGGGUAUAUAAUAACGAUUAGCGACGUCGGCGGGCGCGAGAGACCACCGCCUUUGUGGAGACGGCAGACACGAGCGAGGCGGUCGCGCGUCGCGGCUUUUCCCUCGGAACAGGUUCGUUCCUUCUUGGUUUCGCCGCACCCACCGAAGGCUGCUGUUGUUUCCACUUUACUCACGUUUUUCGCGCCCAUAUUCAGGGCAUCGCAGAGUCUUUGUCUAGUGAAUAUAAGAGAAAUUCGCGUUCAAACUCUGCAACAUCACCGUACCAUCCCGAUGUUGCUAAAAUGAAGUUAAAACUCGCCAAAAGGUUAAUAAAGGUCAUUUUCACACGGGAAAAGUCCAAAAGGUCUUAAAAAGGACUUUGGACUUUCGCCUUUUUUCUGCACCUUUUCUUUAAAGAAGGUUUAAAAAAAGUAGACGGAAAAAGGUGGAAAAAAAGAGGUUCCGAGAAACUUUCGACUCAAAAAGAAGCUUUAGGCUCUUCUAUUACACGAGAAAAGUUCAAAAGGACUUUUGGAAAAAGACGCCUUUUUUUCUGGACCUUUAUCUUAAAAGGAUCUUUUAGGGAGGUUAAAAAAGAAGACGAAAAAAAGGAGGUUCCGAGAAAAUUUUGACUUAAAAAGAAGCUUUAGGCUCUUCUUUACAGGGGAAAAGUUCAAAAGGUCUCAAAAAGGACUUUUGGAAAAAAAAUUUUUUAAAAGGCCUCAAAGACGCUUUUUUUCUGGACCUUUUUCUGAAAAGGACCUUUUAGGGAGAUUAAAAAAGAAGGCGGAAAAAAGGAGGUUUCGAGGAGCUUUUGACAUCUUUUAGGAGCUCAAAAAGUAGCUCUAGGCUCUUUUUUUUAAAGACUCUUUGAGGUCGUUUGGACUUUGCCUGAAAGAAUAGAUCUACUUGGUGAUUUAGAUUCAAAAAAGGGCUUUCUGUAACAAGCAAAAAAAGGUCCUCCCCAUUAAAAGAUUUUGUUUGGAACAAACAAUACCUCCAAAAAGACAGCUCACCUUUCUCUUAUGGAAGUUUCACGAACGCGCAAAUUGCGUGUCGGAGAACCCACAUUUUUCAGGUCGGAACACCACAAAAAAAUAUCGCCUUAGGAGGUCAAAUCUGUUCGUCCGAGAACCAAAAAAAGGCAAGCGAAACGUGUGCAAAAUUAGGGCAUCUCAUGGUCUAAACCGCUCCACGGCUUUUUUUUUCUUUCAGAUUGUUCCAACCGAAAGAUAUAGGAACUUACGAUAA